AGGCGCGAGGCCCUCCUCCCGCCUCUCCGCCUACUCCAGCCUCCGCCGCCUCAGCUUCCCGAGCGAGCCCUGCGGCUGCCGGAGCAGCUCCCACGGCGGAGCAGGAGCCGGAUGGUCAGAGGAGCCCGGCAGCCCCAGCAGCCCCGGAGUCGCCUGGCCCCCAGACUGACUGGCACGGUGGAGAAACCACCUCGAAAACGGAAAAGCAGGACUGAAUUUGCUCUUAAAGAAAUCAUGUCCUCUGGAGGAGCUGAAGAUGACAUCCCACAGGGAGAGAGGAAGACAGUUACAGAUUUUUGUUACCUCCUGGAUAAGUCUAAGCAGCUGUUCAAUGGAUUAAGAGAUUUGCCACAGUAUGGGCAGAAGCAGUGGCAGUCCUAUUUUGGAAGAACUUUCGAUGUUUACACCAAACUCUGGAAGUUCCAACAGCAGCAUCGACAAGUCUUGGAUAAUCGGUAUGGCUUGAAGCGGUGGCAAAUAGGGGAAAUUGCUUCUAAGAUUGGGCAGCUAUACUACCAUUAUUACCUACGCACAUCUGAGACCAGCUAUCUGAAUGAAGCUUUCUCCUUCUACUCUGCAAUCAGACAGAGAUCAUAUUAUUCUCAAGUCAAUAAAGAGGACAGACCUGAGUUGGUCGUUAAGAAGCUACGAUACUACGCAAGAUUUAUUGUAGUUUGUCUUCUGCUCAACAAAAUGGAUGUUGUGAAGGACUUGGUGAAGGAAUUGUCAGAUGAAAUUGAAGAUUACACUCACCGCUUUAAUACAGAAGACCAAGUGGAAUGGAACCUGGUGCUUCAAGAAGUAGCAGCUUUCAUUGAGGCGGACCCCGUGAUGGUACUGAAUGAUGAUAAUACCAUUGUUAUCACAUCUAAUCGCCUUGCUGAAACAGGAGCCCCAUUGCUGGAACAGGGCAUGAUUGUGGGACAAUUGUCUCUGGCUGAUGCACUCAUUAUUGGUAACUGUAAUAACCAGGUUAAGUUUAGUGAACUAACUGUGGACAUGUUCCGGAUGUUACAAGCCCUGGAAAGGGAGCCAAUGAAUUUAGCUUCCCAGAUGAAUAAACCAGGAAUGCAGGAAUCAGCUGAUAAGCCUACCAGACGAGAAAACCCCCACAAGUACCUGCUCUACAAACCAACCUUCAGUCAACUCUACACAUUCUUAGCAGCGUCUUUUAAGGAGCUGCCUGCCAAUAGCGUGCUUCUGAUUUACCUGUCAGCCACUGGUGUUUUCCCCACAGGUCGUUCUGAUAGUGAAGGUCCUUAUGAUUUUGGAGGGGUACUUACUAAUAGUAACCGGGAUAUUAUAAAUGGAGAUGCCAUCCACAAACGAAAUCAAUCCCACAAGGAAAUGCACUGCCUUCAUCCCGGGGACCUCUACCCUUUCACGAGGAAGCCCCUGUUUAUUAUUGUGGAUUCAUCCAACAGCGUCGCGUACAAGAAUUUCACAAACCUAUUUGGACAGCCACUAGUCUGCUUGCUUUCUCCUACAGCAUAUCCAAAAGCUUUACAAGAUCAAUCUCAACGAGGUAGCCUCUUCACUCUCUUUUUGAACAAUCCUCUAAUGGCCUUCCUAUUUGUCUCUGGAUUGUCAAGCAUGCGCAGAGGCCUAUGGGAAAAGUGUCAAGAAUAUCUUCGAAAAAUCAACCGCGAUAUUGCCCAGCUACUGACCCAUUCACGUUCAAUAGAUCAAGCAUUUCUCCAGUUUUUUGGGGAUGAGUUUCUUCGCUUGCUUCUCACAAGAUUUAUCUUUUGUUCAGCCACCAUGAGGAUGCACAAGAUUUUUCGGGAAACACGAAACUAUCCAGAAUCAUAUCCACAACUGCCAAGGGAUGAAACAGUGGAGAACCCUCAUCUCCAGAAGCACAUUCUGGAAUUAGCAUCCAUUCUAGAUGUUCGAAACGUGUUCCUCGAGAGUACCAUAGAUGACUAUUAAAACAAAAAUCCUCUUGUUGAAACAAUUUUUCAUUUGCCACAGAUUUUACAUGGUGCAGUUUUCUAAUGUGAUGACAGACACAUAGUGGUGUUACUUAGUUUUAAUUUUUUAAUUUAAGGCCACCAUUUUAAAAACAAACUGAAAAAAUUGUUCAAACUUUUAGGGUAACUGUUUUAAAAUACAGUCUUUCAAGUCUUUUAAAAAACUCAAUUAAUCUUAGAAUUUUUACUUUUCGGUUUUGAGGUAUGCCUACUUACCUCCAUCAUCUGUCCCUACACACAAAUAGUCAGUGUUGUCACCCUCAGAAGAGUAAAUCAUUUAUUUUUAUAUAAUGAGGAAAAUCCAACUCUUAUACUUGGACCUUAAAUGUGUGGAUUUAGAAAAUAUAUCAUUGUUCACAAAGAUGAAACUAGCCAGCAUGGACUAUUAAAAAUCAAGAACAGUCUUUCCAUAAUAUUUCUUUUCAUUCCAGCUUAGUAGGUAGACAAAUGUGUUAUUCUUUGAAGCAUAAUCAAGACAAUUUUUGAAAUCAUUUAAUUCAUUAAAAACUGUCAUAAUUUCAGAAACUGUAUAGGAUUUGAUUUGCAUCUGAAAGUUAAAUCCUUAAUUGAAGUCUUAAGAUGAUAAAUAUCACUUGGAAUGUGUGCGCCCUGUGUUAUCAUGAGAUAUGCUGGCAUAUUUUGCUUUCUUUGUGAUAUGAAUGCUGGAAAUGAAAAAAAAAAGACUUUUAAGUAUUUCGGUCAAAAAAAUCAGAUUGUUGCUUUCAUAAUACAAUGUUUCCAUAAGGAGUUCUAUUUAGAUCUUGAUUCAUGAUAUCAAGUUUAAGGACUAUCCAGAUUGAAGGCUGUGGCAUAUAGUACAGAGGUUAUCAUUUUUUUGCCUAGUUCACAUUUAGGAUUCAUCAAAGUCAGAGAUGUUAUUAAUUUUAGUUGGGGGUAGCUGAAAUGGAAGUAACUUUUGCAUUGACAAUUUGGAAAUAAGGUUUUUUAAAAACUCCUUAUAUUUAAUAUUUUAUAUUCAUGCACAAGAUUUUUUAUUAUUUUAGAUAGGACUCCAUAUAUAAUUUUUUUUGUGUGUUUUUUCUUCUCUCUCAUCCCCUUCAUAAUUUCAUAAGCAUUAGUGAUGAUGCUUUGGGUUUUAUCCCCCUUCUUUUGACUCCACAGCAUUCAGGUUCAGAAAUCGAUGAACCAGAAGCCCUUCUACCUAAUUUUCUGUACAGGCUCACAUUCUACCUCUGGCAGUCCCAGGGGAAGUAAGGUGAUUGCUUUUGGUGCCUCUUUCCUGUGUCCUUAGGGAAAUUUUACUGUAAUAUUUUUAACUUGGUUUUCGUUUUGGGCACAGGAAUUAAUUUGGGUCUAAGUUAUUCAUAUACCUGUUCUAAUUUGCUGAUUUUUCAUCUGAAGCCUUGAAAUUAUUGUUCCUGGGUUUAGGGAACUUCAUGGUAUUUCGUUCAUUUUUUUUUUUCAUUAUUUUUGUUUGUUCUUUUAAACAUUAUUUCAGAAAGCUUUAGAAAACUUAUCCAGGAGGGAGAUUUCCUUUGCCUAGUGGGUUGUUUUUCUAUAUCAGUUGCUUUUCUUUUUCUCAAUACCUUUAUAAACUUCUUGGCUUUCCUUUCAUAAUGGUGUUCACCUGGAUUACAGCAAUAGGCUGACCUCUUGUUUCAGUCCCCCUGAAGUUCUGUGCCAGUAAUGUACCUGACAUCAUGUAUUUUCCUCUCUUCUGAUGCUUAAAAUAAUGUUUAUCCUCCUGAGCUUUAUUCUCACCUGUUUAGCAUAAAGAACACUGGUCUGAGAACUAGGAGACUUGAGUUCUAAUCCCGGCUUUCGUGGUAACUAGCUUUAUGCCCUUUGACAAAUGUCUUCAUGUUUCUGCUUUAGAGUACUCUCAUCUGUAAAAUGAGGGCAUUAGCCCAUGUCCUAUCGAGUUCUUUGGUUCUAUAAUUGCAAUCUUGAUUUCCCUCCCCUGCCACCUGGAAAACUAGUUCCCUGAGUUUAGCAUAGACAUUUUCUUUUCUAAGUCAUAUUUAACUUGUUUUUGUUCACAAAAAUAUCUGAGUCUCAAUUAUUGUAGAAGCUAACCUGGUGACGAAAUUAGAACUUCUGUGAUUAGAAACAUGUUUGCCCAAGAACAAGGGGUCUUAGAAAUCACAGCAAGGGUUUAGAUGAUGACAUUGUUCCUUGAGCUGAUAGUAGUAUAAUUUCUUAUUGGUAGUUAAAAAUCUAAAGUGAGCUGAAGCGAUCUUGAAUCUUUAAGAAAGGAAAACUGUGCUAGAAAAUUCUAAACUAUUGUUUCAUUGAUGCCUUCAAAAGAAUGUGGACUGAACAACUGUACUCUGGAUUUUAUUCUAGGCAUUGGGAAAGCAAAUGAAUCAGACUUAAAAAUCCUUGUCUUCGUGAAGGUUAUAUUUUAGUAGGACGAGUCAGGCAAUAAACAUAAUAAGUAAGAAAAUUUAUGUUAGAGAGUUGUAAGUUGUAUGAAGAAAAUUUAGAACAUGGCAAGGGAAAUGUUUUGAUUGUUUUUGGGUGAAGAACAGUGUCUGAGUGAUCAGGGUAGGCCUUAUUGAGAAUUUACAUUUGUGCAAACACUUCAUCUUUCUUUCUUUCUUUUUCUUCCUUCCUUCUUUCCUUCCUUCCUUCCUUCCUUCCUUCCUUCCUUCCUUCCUUCCUUCCUUCUUUCCUUUUACUUUUGAUUAUGAAAAUUUUAAGCAUAGGUAGCAUUUAAUGAACCACCCUGUACCUAUCACAAAGCUUCUACAUUUUAAGACAUUACUAAAGGACAAUCACCCAUGGGUAUUGGCAAAGAAUCUCUUUUUUUCAAUGCAUACCACUCCCCUCUAUAAAUAUAAAAAUAUUAAGCCCCUUAUCUAUUUAAUUCUAGAAUGCAUAGAAAUUUAGACAUUGGAACUAAGAACAAAGGAAAGCAAUGGGAAAAGCACUUCUUUGUUUUCAAAUUGCACAGCCUCCCCCUGGAGAUUCUGAUACAGUCUCUCACCUCCCUUUAAGAAUCAUUGCAAACAAAACAAGGUAUAGGAUUGCAAGAACUCCUGUACACACAAACAGCGUUAAGCACAAUGGAAUUAUUUUCUUUCUUUAUCCGUAUAUUUCUGAAGUUGAUAAAGCAGCUGUUUUCCCUGUUUCUCAGAAGAGAAAGCUGAGACCCCAAAAAUCUAUAUGUUUAUUCAUAGUGGCAGAGCUAGAUCAAAAACUCAAAUCUCCUGACCUCAGCCUGUCUUUGUAUAAUGAACAAGAAAGGAAUAAUUAGAGAUUUCUAUUUUGGCACAAAAGGUUAAGGUAUUUUUAAAAAUAUAUCAAAUAUUGAAACCAGGAAAUCAACCCCGCAAAUUUUUACUUAUUAAUUAUAAGAAAUUCCCAACUCAGACAAUUUAGCCUUGAUUCUAGCCAGGAUAUAUUUUUUUUUGUAUAUGUGUGUGUGUUUUCCUCCUAGGAAGUGGUGCUCUCAAAACCUCUCAAAGCACAGAGAAUUUAUUGUACCCUUGAUAUUGUUACCAAGUUGAAACGUUUUGAAAUUAUAAAAGCAAAGUGCAAUCUGGUCAUGACUGAAAUUUUCCGGAUAGAGGAUCUGGGUUUUAUUUCUUCCUGACUUGGGGCUACUGCCUUUUAUUUUCUUCUUAUGAUAGAAUUCCCUGAAACAGAUUAGGUGGUAGUUGUACUGAAUUUCAUUGAGGAAAACAGAAAAGCUUCCAAUCCGAUUUACAUAUCCAUCUGCGAAGCUUUCAUUAGCAUUCUUCUCCAAGUUUAUUCUCUGACCUGUGUGACUUCGUAACUUCCUGUCUCUUAAAAGGGGUUUGGACUCAGUUGAAAAAUCUUGUACUUAGUUAUCCAUGAAGACUUGUAAUCAGCCUGAUAUAUAGAGAACAUUCUGGACUGGAAAUAGAGUAAGGUGCCAAGGGUCAGCAAACUUGGCUACUGCCAGUGAUUCAGAACCACCUCCCUACCCUAAGUGAGUAAAAACGUCUGCUAUGAAUAGGAAUGGUAUGGAUCUCCUGGUGAUAUUUUGGAUGUAUAUGUUCCUGUGUGUGUUUGGAGAAUAUAAAGGGUAUUUACACGGAGGGCUCUUUCGUGGACCUUAUUUAUUUGAAGAUCUUAUUUUAUUUGUAAUCGCAUGUGUAUAUUUUUGUGAUGUUAAAUGCAAUAUCUCUGUAUACUUUUUUUUGUAUAUAUGUACAUAUUUGUAAAUAUAUUGGUAUGCAAUGAUGCAGUAUGUGUAUAUUAUAUACCCAUACCCACUGUGGGCUGAAUUUAUUUAAGUUCUGUGAGGACAUCAUAGUGGCAUUGUUCAUGCUGCUGUAAUUAGGUUGUGGCUGUAUCUCAUUCAUGAGCCUCUAUUUUGAGGGGCUUGUGUUUGGGUAAAAUUGGCUAAUUUUUGGAGUUGGAAUUAGGAUAUGAAAAUAUUAACAGAAAGCAGGAUAUUCUUAGCUUUAAAAACAUCUGCCAAUUUCCAUUUAAAUGGAUGAUAAGUUAGUGAUAUAAACCUGAAAAACCUUAGUGUGUGAAACUGAGACACCAGCAGGUUCUUAAGCUAUAUUAGUCAUUUAUUUUCUUGACCCAUAGCUGAGAAUUAUUAUUGAGUAGUAUUUAUAUUGAGAAUUAAGGGGCUGUGGAAAAAAUUACUUUGAUCACAUUUCAAAAUAGAUAGGAACAUGUCCUUUAAAUAGAGAAAUUUGUUUGUAGUUGCCAUGUCAAUACCUGAUACUAAAUUUUAAUUUUGGAACAGUGUUUUCACCGAUGUGUCUCAUUUUAUAUCUGUCUCUGUGAGGCAGAAAAAGGGGCAUUAGCUUGGGGAAGGCUAAUAAGUGGGGUGGGGUUUAUAAGGAAUAGGAGAUUAUUAAUCUGUAUAUUUGCAGCAGCUGUGAUUAAUUUAGUCCUGUCUUGGCAUUUCAGACUAUAGAUUUUUCUUUUGGGAGUCACAUAUCAAAGAUGAGUAGGCUCAUCUGAGAAAAUGCUUCUAGUGAAUAAAAUGCCUCCAGUUGUAUUUCUUUGUCUCUAUGAGACCACUUGUGUUCUGCAAAUUGAUGAUAUAUUCACACAUGAAAUAGAAUUCUUAAUAUUAGGUGCAUGGCGUGCUAUCAAAUCUGGGCCUCCAAACCUCUACCAAGGAUGAUGGGUGGGGGAGGAUAUCCUCUUAGAGGACAGGGAAUAUGUGCAGUGCCAAUGUAUGAACGUGGAAUGUCACAGAGUAUCAAAGUUCGGUCACUCCUGUUUUCACCUGGCAUGUGUAUUUGCAUGGACAAGCGUAGAUGUUUCGUUCUAGUCUACACUUGAAUACAUUCACCGCAAAAAUUAAGUAGAGGUUAUUUUUUGCAUGAUAGAAUAUAACUGCAGAACAACUGUUUACCCCAUUGUUUUUCAGACGAUUACAUCUCUGUGAUCAAUAUUAAAUUAUCUUAGAAAGAGGAGUUGGAGUCAGAAGUCGGUUUUACCACCCAACAAAUGUUACUUUUGCCUCUUUGUUGUAUUUUUAAUAAGAAGCCAACUAUUUGUAACACCUCUCAAUUACAGUGUUAAAUUUAAAAUAAAACUAUAAUUGCCUUUUUCAUAAAUAAAUAUUAAAAUUUGGUAAUGUAGUAUUUCUGAAAAAUCAGCGAAAAUGUCCAUAGUAUCUGACAUUCUGCUGUUGUAGUAACCAAAUCACUCGUUGCAGUUGGAGAGUAGCAGAGCAGAUGUUAUGCUAUUUAAAAUUCAUAGAACUGACUCAGGCUCAGUAUGGACAUUAAUUUGAGGAAAGGAGCAACAGGAAGAAGUGUGGUAGAUGAGAUUGACUUUGUGAACAUGACCUCUGUUUCUAACAGUUGUAAAGCCAGUUACUUUGCAGUUAAAUAAGGUAAGAAUUGUUUAGAAAAUCAAACCUUUCCCCCAUUCUGUACUCUUAGACGGUGAUACUUUAUUCCUAUUCAUGCUGCACCUCCCAGGCUUUCCUGGAUACUGUGACCACUUUACCUUAAAAAAAAAAAAAAAAAAAGGCAAUGCAUCUUCCUCAAACUAAAAUUU